ACUUUUCUGUGCGAUGACAUGAACACUGUGUUUACUUUACCUAUUGUAUGCCUAUCGAGUUUCUGAGCUCCUGGUGAAGAGAAAAAGCGAUCCAGAUCAAUAACAUAACAUACAUGCUAUUCCAUUUUGAGCGGGAAUUUAUGUAUUCGAGGUUUUACCUUAAUCAAUGUAGGAGCGUGGUAAACACCAGCUAUGAAAAUUGUGCUUACAGUUGUGACCUUCUAUCGGUUUUCUUUGUGUUUUUGUGAGCUUGCUAGGAAAGAAAUAUUGAACCACUUACUCAAUUCAUCAAAAUACGAUGCAAGAAUUGCACCGAAUUAUGAAGAAGAUCGCGCCACAAAUGUCACUCUGCAACUUCAUAUCAUGAGCAUCAACUCCAUCAACGAGAUGGCAAUGGAUUUAUCAAUGGAAGUGUUCCUGAGGCAAACAUGGGUGGACCCACGCCUUAACUUUGAGCGCUUGAGUAAUUUUAGUAACCUUGAACUUGACCAGAGGAUGAUGGGGUCCGUUUGGAUCCCCGAUACUUAUUUCCCCAACGAAAAGGAGGGACAUUUCCAUGUCAUCACUGUUCCUAACAGACUUCUUCACAUCAGCAGAAAUGGCACCGUUUUCUACAGCAUCAGGUUAUCUUUGACGUUAACAUGUCGUAUGAAUUUGUACAACUAUCCGAUGGACGAACAAAAUUGUCCUGUUUUCAUCGAAACAUAUGGAUAUACUGAAGAAAAUGUCCUUUUUAACUGGAAGCCAGUUAAUGCCGUCAUCGUGGAUGAAGUAGAAAUGCCUCAGUUCCAUUUCAGAGAAGAGCCUUCUAUUAAGAAAUGUACUCGAACAUUCAAAUACAGCUCCGUUGCAAGUUUUACCUGCCUGACAACAACGCUACAUCUACAACGAAAUAUUGGAUAUUACAUGGCGCAGGUCUUCAUUCCCAGCAUCCUCAUCGUCAUUCUGUCUUGGGUUUCAUUCUGGGUACAUGUAGAUGCAAUUCCAGCCCGAAUUUCCUUGGGUGUUUUGACAGUACUUACCAUAACCACACAAAGUUCCGGAAUAAGAGCCACUUUACCACGUGUGUCUUAUGUUAAGGCUAUAGAUGUCUGGAAUUCAAUGUGUCUUUUGUUUGUGUUUGCUGCCUUAUUGGAAUAUGCCUAUAUAAAUGUUCAAACACGACGUCACCAAAAAUCGAUGUUGAAAGAUACCUUAAUGAAUGUUCAAGCAUCACAUCCUCUUAUGAAUUCUAAAGGAGAAGCUCCAGUGAGAUGCAUUGAUGUCCGAAAGACCAUCGGUGUAAGAGAAAUUGACUAUCUCAAAACCGCUCGCACGGUAGACAAAGUCUCAAGAGUUGCCUUUCCGAUUGCGUUUAUCAUUUUUAACACUGUAUUUUGGACUUAUUACAUGUACGCCAGUGAUCAUCUAUCUGAAUAAAGCUUCAUUUCUGUA